GCUUUUUGAAAAUAUGCAGUGUUUAAUUGGCUUUGUGUAUUUGUGUGUUUGUGUGCCACACAUUGAGGCUGCGCCGUCGUUGCCUAUUCUGUGUGUGUGUGUGUGUCGGAGUGGUUGAAGGGAGGAGAGGCUGGGAACGGGAGAGGAUCCGCCAUUAUUGGGAAGCUGAAAAACCCCGCACUUACGCACACACACACACACACACUCCGCCACAAAUGAGUGUAUUUUGCGUCGCGUCAGCUCGGAUCUGUUUUCUGCGGAUAAAAAUCUGCGCUUUUGUCGCUGUAGAGUUUUAGUGCAGUGUCCGACUGAAACGUUUAACAACAACAACAACAACAACAACAAAAAAGAGGAGACUGAGAAGUCGGGAUGUUUUUGGGGCACAACAAAGGAAAUAAGAAGAAGUGGUGAAAAGAGCGUGCUGGACGCAGGGAACACACACAUUCACAGUCACACUCUCUCUCUCUCUCUCUCUCUCUCUCUCUCUCUCUCCGCCCCCCUCCUUUCCCAGCAGAAACACAGGGAGAGAUCCGGACAUUCCGGCUUGUUUUUCUUCACUGUUUGAUUCGCCUGUUUCUGUUUCACUAACAAUAACAGCAACACAGGCACUAAAACGCUCUGAAAACUUUGUUUCAUGGAUUCAUCAUUGUGAGAAGAGUAUUGUUAGACGGACAGCUACAGGGGAAAAAAGGGAGAUAAUGAAAUUAAUGUGACUAGGGGAGAAGAGUUAUUUCUGCUGUUACUGAAUCUAAAGGGAGAGAAAAACGAGUGAAAGAGUCGAGGAGUGGAGAAGACAGACAGGAAUGCUGUGGCUUCAGAGAUUGAGGGAGGCUUGGAAAGCUCACUCACUGAAACAAACCGUGAAGCAGGCCACAUGUCUUCAUGUUGGAUCAGUUUAAUAUGAUGCUCUUGGAAUAUAUUCCAGGUGGACAAACCCAAGACUUUGUUUGUGUUACGGAACUUUUGAGAAGAGAUGGGCUGGGAUGGUUCUGCCGCUAUCACACCUUUCUAAAUUCACAUCAGACCUUAUCCUUCCUCCCAAAUUGCCAACCACCUACAGACCCUUUGCAUUGUUGCCCUACAAAGAUUCUGCAUUUUGAGGUGUUUCUGCUAAGUGCACAAAUGACUCUGUAUUUAAGAUUUGGCCUCUAAGAGUAUUGAAUACACACUCCCCAUCCUCAAAAAUUAGGAAGUUGAGGACCUUUUUAAGUCCUGGAUGUGCUUGGAUGGAAUAGCAACCCAGUAGCUUUCCAACUAGAGCUUCUGGGAAUGGCAAGAUGAGUGGCUUCAAACGAUAAUGAUGGCAAAAAAACAUGAUGCUCGGGCACCAACCUACAACUUGGUUGUAGUAGGUUUGUCCGGGACUGAGAAAGAGAAAGGGCAGUGUGGGGUAGGAAAAUCCUGUCUUUGUAAUCGCUUUGUACGCCCCAGCGCUGAUGAUUUUUAUUUGGACCACACCUCGGUUCUGAGCACUAGUGACUUUGGUGGUCGAGUGGUAAACAAUGACCACUUUUUGUUCUGGGGUGAGGCAUCACGACCAUUGGAGGAGGGACCUGAAUGCCGAAUGCAUGUGGUGGAGCAGACGGAGUUCAUUGAUGACCAAACGUUUCAGCCACAUCGAAGCACUGCACUUCAGCCUUACAUUAAGAGGGCAGCUUCGACCAAACUGGCCUCUGCUGAAAAGCUGAUGUAUUUCUGUACCGAUCAGCUGGGUCUUGAACAGGACUUUGAGCAAAAACAAAUGCCUGAAGGAAAGCUUCUUGUAGAUGGGUUCCUUCUCUGUGUUGAUGUAAGCAGGGGAAUGAACCGUAAUUUUGAUGACCAGAUGAAGUUUGUUUCCAACUUGUACAACCAGUUAGCAAAGACUAAGAAACCAGUUGUACUUGUCUUGACCAAGUGUGAUGAGGGAGUUGAGCGAUAUAUUAAGGACUCUCACACCUUUGCUCUAGCCAAGAAAAAUUUGCAGGUAGUUGAGACUUCAGCACGCUCUAAUGUGAAUGUUGACCUUGCCUUCCUCACCCUAGUGCAGCUGAUAGAUAAGAGUCGAGGAAAACCGAAGAUCAUCCCCUACUUUGAGGCUCUGAAGCAGCAGAGUCAGCAGAUAGCAUCUGCUAAGGACCGCUAUGAGUGGCUUGUCAGUUGCAUUGUGAAGAACCACAAUGAAACAUGGCCCAACAUCAACCGUAGAAUGCAAACUUCCCCUGAAUACAAAGACUACGUCUUCCUUGAGGGUACUUCCAAAGCCAAGAAAUUAUUUCAACAACAUGUGCACAGGCUCAAACAGGACCACAUAGAAAAACGGCGCAGGAUUUAUCUAAGUACACUUCCACAGGCUCUGUGUACUUUGGUACCAGAUUUAGACGAGAUUGACCACUUGAGCUGGUCAGGGGUACAGAAGGUUCUGGAGACAAAGCGUGGGUUCUCACAGUGGUUUGUUAUAUUAGAUGACACACCAUGGGAAACUACUCCACAUAUAGAUAACAUGGAAGAUGAGCGAAUACCCCAGGAUCUUUUGGAAACCCCAGCUGCAGAAGUCAUUUAUGAAAGUCAUUUAGAGCACCUGAGGAAUGAGAGAAAACGAGCAGAAAUGCGUCGAGAAUUCAAAGAGAAACUGGUUGCAUCACCAUUUGUCACUCCUGGCAAGCCUUGGGAGGAGGCCCGCAGCUUUAUAAUGAAUGAGGAGUUUUACCAGUGGCUGGAGGAACCAGAGUAUCUGGAUAUGUACAACAAGCAUCAGAAGGAGAUUAUUGACCAAGCCAAGGAGGACUUCCAGGAGCUUUUGCUGGAGUACUCUGAGCUGUUCUAUGAGCUUGAGGUGGAUGCUAAACCCAGUAAAGAAAAAAUGGGUGCCAUUCAAGAGGUUCUUGGAGAGGAACAGAGAUUUAAGGCCCUUCAAAAACUUCAAGCAGAGAGGGAUGCACUAGUUCUCAAGCAUAUACAUUUUGUCUACCACCCAACAAAAGAGACCUGUCCUAAUAGUCCUUACUGUGUGGACAGCAAGAUUGAGCAAAUCUUGGCCACAAGAUUUCCUACUCGGUAUGCAUUUGAUGGCACUUUGAAGUCCCAGUAUGGUGAGGGAAAAGUAGAUAGGAUUAAUCUUGUAAUCCUUGGAAAAGAUGGACUUGCAAGGGAGUUAGCCAAUGAGAUCAGAGCAAUGUGUACCAGUGAUGACCGAUAUACACUGGAUGGAAAGACAUAUGAGCUGGCUCUGCGGCCUAUAGAAGGCAAUGUACGUUUACCAGUUAACUCUUUUCACACACCUACUUUUACUCCACACGGAUGCCUGUGUCUCUACAACUCUAAAGAAUCGCUGUCCUAUGUUGUUGAAAGCAUUGAGAAACUUCGAGAAUCAACCAUUGGACGAAGGGAUAACAGCUUAGCACUGCUCCCCAUGUCACUCCUAUUGGUCACCAAGAGAGGAGUUGGAUCAAUUGGGGAUAUUGGGGGAGAAACUGCCCAAAGUUUAAUAAUACAAGGGCAGCAGGUUGCUGGGAAACUGCAGUGCGCUUACUUGGAUCCUGCUUCCCCAGGUGCAGGCUAUGCACGCAAUCUAAAUGAAAAGCAGAUCAACCAAGUCCUAAAAAGCCUCUUGGAUGUACAGAGACCUCUUGGCAGUCUUGGAAGUAGCUCCCCUCCUUUACCGGCUCCACGUGCCCGUUUUAGAGACUCUCAUGCUCAACAAACUUCAGAGGCUGAUUUACAUGUUGUUAUGUGCAUCAUGUGUGGAGAUACUUAUGAUGUAGACCAACUUUUAUCACCAUUUUUACAUUCUCAGCACUGUAGACCUUCUGCCAACCUAUCUAGUGGCACAUCAGUGUUGUUAGACCUUACUAUUGGUAGCCAAAGGCAAACCAUUGACCUAGCUGUGCUAUCAUAUCAUUCUACUUUUUCUUUACGCAAGAGCCGUUUAGUGCACGGAUACAUUGCAGUAUACUCGGCAAAACGCAAGGCGUCCCUAGAAACACUUUGCGCCUUCCUUUGUGAAGUGCAAGACAUUAUUCCUGUGCAGCUGCUGGCAGUUGGGGAGACUCAAGCAGAGCUAACAGAAUCGGAGGUAGCCCGUGAUCAACUGGUCGAAGGGGAGGAGUUGGCUCAUGAAAUUGAGGGCCGUUUCAGUUCUGUUGUCUGUGGACCUGGUGGGGUAGUGGGUGGUUUGCAUCGAAUAGAUCUCUUCCAGCCCUUUUUAAAGGAGGUAGUUGAAAAAAGGACCAUUGUAGAGGCCACACAUAUGUAUGACAAUGUAGCAGAGGCCUGCAGUACCAAUGAGAGUGUCCAUUCGCCUCGUUGCGGGUCACCAAGUGUCCCCAUGCUGGACUCUGAAGAUGAUGUCGAGCCCUCACCACCUUGCCCCAUGUAUAGAGAUGAUAGCACUUUGACUCAUGGCUUUAAGUUUUCUGACCUGGAAAGUAGCGACACCUUCAGUGUCAUUUCUGAAAUCAGCACCUUUGAAAGCAAGCUUAACAACAAAGUUCCACCACAGGUGCGACCCAAGCCUACAGUUACAUUUGGGAAAGUUAGUCUUGGCUCCUACAUGGACCAUGGAGGUAACAGACGUUCAUUACCUUCAGUCACAUGGCCACCAAGCAGUGAUGGUGGAUAUGAUCCUUCUGAUUAUUCUGAGCCAGUGGACGCUGUGCCUAAGCCCCGCCCCACAGAAGAGGAAAACAUUUACUCAGUCCCACACGAUAGCACCCAGGGUAAAAUCAUUACCAUUCGCAAUGCAAAUAAGAGUCAUUCUAAUGGUGGGGGAAAUGGCUCAGACAGUGAGGCAGACAACAGUUCACUAGAGCGCAGGCGCAAUUUGUCUACUGUUGGAAUUAAGCCACGAUUAUACCGUGAUCGCUCUAAGCGACUGGGCAAGUUCAGUAAUUUCCGCACAAGUUUCAUUGGCAGUGACGAUGAGCUUGGAGGUCCACCCAAAACCAAAGAGGACGAGAUGGGGAUACAGAAAGGGGACAAUUCUCUGAAUGAAGAAUGUGAGGACCCUAAGAGAAACAAAAUUUUGAGGAGUCUGCGCAGACCUGGCAAAAAAACAAGGCCAAAGCCUCGCCAGUCCAUUUCUAAACAACUGGAGAGUAACUACUUUGGUGUGCCAUUGGUCAACGUGGUCACAGCUGAGCGUCCCAUCCCGCUGUUCAUUGAGAAGUGCAUCCGUUACAUUGAAGCUACUGGUCUGAGCACAGAGGGAAUCUACAGGGUGAGCGGCAACAAGGCUGAGAUGGAGAGCAUUCAGCGGCAAUUUGACCAAGAUUCCAACCUGGACCUGGUGGAAAAGGACUUCUCUGUGAACACUGUAGCUGGAGCCAUGAAGAGCUUCUUUUCUGAGCUGCCAGACCCUCUGGUGCCCUACAACAUGCAGGUGGAGCUGGUGGAGGCCUUUAAGAUCAAUGAUCGAGAGCAGCGGUUCCUCACCAUGAAGGACGUGCUGCGCAGGUUCCCCCGAGAAAACUACGAUGUCUUCAAAUACGUCAUCAGCCACCUGAACAAGGUGAGCCAGAACAGUCGUGUGAAUCUGAUGACCAGUGAUAACCUAUCCAUCUGUUUCUGGCCUACACUGAUGCGCCCUGACUUCACCACAAUGGAUGCGCUGACAGCAACACGCACUUACCAGACAAUCAUCGAGACCUUCAUCUACCAGUGUGCUUUCUUUUUCUACAAUCAGCCCCUGGUCGACACCACGAGCGGCCUGCCUGGGCUCCCAGGAUCCCCCACUGCCACCCUGUCUUCCACAACAUCCAUGUCCGGCUCCGCCUACUCAUCCUGUUACACCCCGGUCCAGCACGUAGCCACACCCUUCAGCCAAGCUCAGCAGUCCCCACCCCAUUCUCCUCCCCCAACGCCACAGUCACCUAUCCAGAGUCUGCUGCCUCCAAUGCACCCGCACCAUGCAUCAACCGAACAACACACGCUGUGAAGCAGAGAAGGAUGUAUAGAGAGAGAGUGCAAACGUGAAAGAGAAGUUCUGAAGCCAGGAAAGAGAGAUUACAUGAAUGGAGAGUGAUUCUUAGAGAAAAUGAUUGAGGAAGUAUGUCUGCAGGUGACAGAGCAUGCAGUGAGGGAAGAAUUAGAGUGUUCGACAUAGCAAGAAGGUCAAGCCACUUCAGCAGUGAGACACUCCAGUAACAUCUUGUGCUCCUCGUUAUAGAUCACUGCACUCAUAUAAUUGAAAAGCAUACACACAU